AUUUAAUUAAGAUGAAUCCAAUUCAAUAGGCAUGGUUAAAGAUUUUAUAACCAGUCUCAGCUGUUGUCAAUGAGAAAUUGGCUAAAAGAUCAGGUAGCUAAAUUACACUCAAUAUCAAGGACUUUUGGGUAAGAUCGGUAGAUUUUUCCUUAUUGGACCAAGAGAAUUUGGCUAUCAUCCAACAAAUUAAAUGUUCAUUUACUUUAACAGAAGAGUAUUGUUUGCCACAGCCUUUAUGGGUCAUAAAUACUCAGUAUUGAAGUAGAAAUAUGAAUCUAUAUAUUUAGAGGAUUAACACAUCAAGGAUAUCAUAUGUUAAGACCAAUGAGAGCAGCAGUUUUCUUGGGUCCUAUAGCUGUAUUAGCAGGUCUAUUCAGAUUAGUAUAUUAUUCCUCUGAGAACAGAUCAUACUAGUAAUUGAUCUUAAUGUUAUUCUUAGUCCUGAUAAUUUAGAUUAUGUGAUGAAGAAAGCUACAAAUUCUUUACAUUUCCCAUUGAAUACAUUAAAUCAAAGAUUAUCUGCACAUUAUACAGAAAUUAGCUCAAUUUAUACAGCAGAAAUGAUGAAAAGAGUAUAAAUCAUUAUUUUAUUCAAAAAAUUAGUAUCAUAAAUAACAUGCAAAAAUUAUCAAAGAAAGAUCUACACAAUCUGAACAUGUGAAGAAAACUAAAUAUGCUGAUCCAUCUUAUAAAUAUGUACCAAUGACUCCAGUUCACAUUGAAGAUAUCAAACUCGCUUGAGU